GAAGUCACGGGGCAAGGCGUAGUAGCGGCCGGGGCCGUGGUGUCCGGAAGCGAAGUUACCGGGCACGGCGUAGUGGCUGCCGGAGCGUCCGUGUCCGGCAGCGAAGUCACGGGGCAAGGCGUAGUAGCGGCCGGGGCCGUGGUGUCCGGAAGCGAAGUUACCGGGCACGGCGUAGUGGCUGCCGGAGCGUUCGUGUCGGGCAACGAUGUCACGGGGCAAGGCGUCGUCGAUGCCGGAGUCGAGGUCACCGGAGCGUCCGUGUCCGGCAGCGAAGUCACGGGGCAAGGCGUAGUUUCGUUCGUGUCCGGCAAACUCGUCACGGGGCAGGGCGUCGAGCUGCUGCCACUGCAGCCCACGGAGGGGAAGACGCAGCCCCACGUGUCUCCGUUCACGAUGGUGCACUCGGCGUUCUCCUUGGCUGUGCACUGCGAUCCGUCGAACGACGGCAGGUACGAGUGGCAGUCGGCCGUGGCCACAUCUCCGACCAAGGGGCAAGCCGUGCCGACGGGGGCGCUCCCGGACCCCGAGCAAAUGGCGCCACGGGAGGCCACGAUCGUGUAG